AUGGCUAGGAUGGACAGUUUGGGCCAUCUGGCGACAACCCAUCAUCAUCUCUCAUUCAAGGUUACCAUGUCUCAGCAGACCGGGAACUUCAUGAUCUUCUUCAACAAUUCUGGAAACUCGACGAACUUCCAUUCGUCUCUGGAUCAUCGUUAUCGACUGAAGAGCAAGAAUGCGAACGACAUUAUAAACUUACUCAUACUCGUAACCAGCAAGGAAGAUAUAGAGAAGAUGUAUCGACAAAUCAACGUAUCUGAAGAAGACUGGGAUUUUCAAAGAAUUCUUUGGAAAAAUCAAACAAAUGAAAUUGUUUCUUACCAACUAACGACUGUCACAUACGGACUAGCCUGCGCACCGUUCUUAGCUCUUCGAACAUUAGCUCAAUUAGUCGAGGACGAAGACACAAAAUUCCCGCUUGCAGUUCCAUCUAUGAAACGAGGACGAUAUGUAGACGAUAUCUUCGGAGGAGCUGACACCAUCGCUGAAGCAAAAGAAAUCGUACAGCAAUUAAAUCAAUUAUGCAUGGCGGGCGGCUUUCCUCUUAGAAAAUGGAUGAGCAAUCAUACAUCGGUUAUCAACUCUAUACCAUCUGAACACAGAAUUGAUUUUUCAACCAUUGAAUUUGAAGAUGCCACGAUGAUUCAUGUAUUGGGACUCUGCUGGAAUCCAGUAAAAGAUAAUUUUCAAUUUUCAGCUACUGUAACAACUCCAAAAAUCAUUACCAAACGCACUGUUCUUUCAACCAUAGCAAAAAUUUUUGAUCCUCUUGGACUUCUUGCCCCAAUUAUCAUUACAGCGAAAAUUUUCAUUCAGGAAUUAUGGUCAAUAAAACUAAGCUGGGAUGAUACAUUGCCUUCACUACCGUCAAAGAAAUGGACCGCAUUCUUAGAAGACCUAAAAGAGAUUCCAAAAUUAAAUUUUCCACGAUGGAUCGGACUUCAAUCUGGUAACAUUUUCGAGCUACACGGAUUUUGCGACGCUUCACAACGUGCCAUGUGCGCUGCUGUUUAUUUACGCAUAACCACUCAAGACGGAAACAUCACUACCCAAUUACUCUGCUCAAAGACAAAGGUCGCACCUUUAAAAAGACUAACUAUACCCCGACUUGAACUCUCUGCCGCAGUUCUACUAACUAAACUUAUUUCCAGCACUCUUCGCAUUUUAGAAAUCAACCGCGUUCCAUUAUUCAUGUGGACGGACUCAGCUAUCACUUACACUUGGCUCAAUAAUCAUCCUUCCAGGUGGAAAGACUUCGUUCACAACCGCGUUUGUUUUAUUCACGAAACAAUACCUCAAGCAAUUUGGAAAUUUAUCCCUGGAGCCGAAAACCCGGCUGAUUGUGCUACCAGAGGAUUAACGCCGUCACAAUUGCUCGAAUAUUCUCCUUGGUGGUCAGGACCACGAUGGCUUGCUCAAGAACCUUCAGUUUGGCCACAGAUAUCACAAAUACCUUCUCACAAAGAAAAUCUUGAAGAAAGACCAACGCAAGUCUUCGUUACUAAUAUAAAAUCAAAUAUUCUCUGGGAUCUAAUAUAUCGAUACUCUAAUCUGACCCAUCUCUUACGCAUCACAGCUUUGUGCAUGCGAGCCAUUGCUCGUUUUAAAAGGACUCAAAAUUCAUCGUUAAAUAAUCCCAUUACAACACAAGAGAUUGAAAUCGCACGGAUCUAUUGGGUUAAAUCAAUACAAAGGUUUGCAUUUCCUCAAGAAAUAAAAAUUCUCGUCAACGGCAACCCCCUGCCACGCUCCAGCCCUCUUCUACGAAUUGCUCCUUACAUAGAUGCCUCUGGAUUACUCCGUGUUGGAGGCCGUCUCGAAUUUUCUCGUUUACCUGAAAACGCAAAACAUCCGUUGGUUCUUCCACGAGAAUCACCACUAAGUUCAUUAAUCAUUGAAGACGCCCAUCGACGUACCAUGCAUGGAGGCACGCAAUUAACUUUAUCUCAUAUUCGAAACAAUUACUGGAUUAUAGGAGGGCGAGCACCAAUCAGAUCCUUCAUAUUGAAAUGUGUACGAUGCGCAAGACAUCGCCAACAACGAGCGCAACAAAUCAUGGGUCAACUUCCUCCCGAACGACUUACUUCAUCUCGUCCUUUUCUUCACUCUGGAGUUGACUAUGCUGGGCCAUUCCUCUUAAAAAACUGGAGAGGAAGAAAUUCCCGCACUUACAAGGCUUACAUUGCUCUCUUCGUGUGUCACGCUACAUCAGCCAUUCAUCUCGAACUCGUAACUGACUGUACUACCGACGCCUUUAUCGCCGCAUUCAAGCGGUUUACAUCAAGAAGAGGAAUAUGUUCUACUUUGAUGAGUGACUGUGGCACAAAUCUCAAAGGAGCCAGUUCUGAACUUAAAACGUUAUUUUCUGCAGCUUCAUCUGAACUUGGACGUCUAGCUACUUUACUCGCGAAUGACGGCACUCAGUGGCGAUUCAAUCCUCCUUCUGCGCCACAUUUCGGUGGAAAAUGGGAGGCAGGUGUCAAAUCUGUCAAGCACCAUUUUAAAAGAGUAUUAGGCAAUCAUUUGUUGACAUACGAAGAGAUGAAUACAUUUCUCACUCAAAUAGAAGCAGUUCUCAAUUCAAGACCUCUCUGUGCACUCACCAACGAUCCAGACGAUUUCAAAUAA